CGGCCUGAACGUACGUUUGUCAGUAAACUAGCUUGCUAGCUAACUUUCAGCUAACGUCAGUUUAGUUACAGAUGUCGGGAGCAGCUCGUUUAGAAAACGCAAAUCCCCUGAUCUUUCAGCGUUCGGGGGAAAGAUGUUUGACAGCUGAAGAAGAGGAUGAAAACGUUGCCGAUCCCAUUGAUGACAGGGAAAUCUUCGAUCUCAUCAGAUCCAUUAAUGACCCUGAGCAUCCGCUGUCCCUUGAAGAGCUAAAUGUGGUCGAACAAGUGAGAGUUCGCGUUAAUGAUCCAGAAAGUACCGUGUCUGUGGAGUUCACCCCCACCAUUCCUCAUUGUAGCAUGGCUACCCUGAUUGGUCUCUCCAUAAAAGUCAAACUCCUGAGGUCGCUACCAGACAGAUUCAAGAUUGAUGUGCAUAUAACUCCCGGUACCCAUGCCUCAGAGGAUGCAGUGAAUAAGCAGCUAGCAGACAAAGAGAGAGUGGCUGCUGCUUUGGAGAACUCUCAGCUGCUGGAGGUGGUGAACCAGUGCCUCUCUUCCAGAACCUGAGCACCCAGAGUGACCGCACCAGCAGUGGUUCUGUCAGCAGUGAUCCUCCGUUUGACCUUUGAACUCUGCUUUGGUUAUUUCAACAAAUUUUGUUCCAUACGAAAAUAAAUGUGUCACUACAUUCCUAAUGAAAUGGAGGGGUAAUGGUAGGAGUGGCACUGACUGGGAGAGAUGUGAUGCAUAAGCAGGUUUUCAUUGUUAAGACGCACAAGCAGUUAAUCAUAUUUAUCACGUAGUUCAUCAAUACUAUAAAGUAUUUGAAGUAUGCAAGUUCAGAAGAGUAUUCUAUUUGAUAACCAUGCCGUAACUGCAGUUUUCAGUUAUUUUAUAAUGUGCAUAUAGUUUGUUUUACUCUUUGCACUCAUGUUAUAUUAUAUAUUACAGGUUUCUAGUGAAACAAAGAAAGUUAAAGGAGGAGCUUUGUAAGUGUUAGUGAAAGUAAUUACUCCUGCACCAGCUACUGUAAUCACUGCUUAUCUAAUGUUUUUAUUUGCAGACAUGAUGCUAAUUCUUUCACAGGUUACUGUGGGUGUCUACAGACAAAUUGUUCUCCCAGUUACAAUUGAGAAUGUUGUUCCUCACACUGAGGCGAUGGCUUGUUGAACUUGAAACAUUCCAGUUCAGAUGGGAUGGGUCAGAGUCUCAGAAUGAACUGAAGCCUUGAGCUGGAUGAGUGAGUCGAGGUGUGGAUUUCUCUGGUGUUAGGUGUUUUGCAUGGGAGGAGUUUUGAUGUAAGACUCAGGUGAAGAGAGCUGGUGAGGUGAGUGGAAGUGCAGACACCCCGCUGGUACUGGGUGAGAUUUGUGGAGGAAGACUACGGUGCAGGGAGUUGGAGAGGAGAGUGGGGUGAUGGAACAGACUAUGAGCCUCAUUUUCCACCAACAUGACCUUUCCACCUUUUGUAUCCUGCCCUAGCUGUGAAAUGCAAUGGAUUACAACAGGCUACUGUCUAAAACAUGUCUUAUCCUUGCAAAAAAUAAACAGUUAUGCC